AUGGGCGUGUGCGUGGACCCUGGGGCUUUCCGGUGGUGUCAGGCAUUGAGCCGGUCGCAAUCGUUAACCACAACAACGUCAGCCGCAGCCGCAGUCACUGCCACAGCCACUGCUACAGCGACAGCCACAGCCACGGCUUCCGGUGGCACCGUAGCAACCCGGGAAACACCUGUACCCACGGUCAGCAGCAACAGUCAACAGGCGAACUAUCGGCACGUGUCCAGCUUCCACCAUGCCAAGGUGCGGCGCAGUCUAAACGCAACAAUCUUCAUCAAGAAGAAACAGGCGGCGGCAACUAGAGCUGCGGCAGCAGCCACAACAACUGCAACAACAUCAACGUCAACAACAACAACAACAGAUUCUAAAACGAAACCAGUUAGCAAGCAAACAAAUAGCAACAACAGCAACCACUUCUUCAACCACUACAGUCACGGUGGUAGCAGUAGUAGUUAUAACAGUAGUCUCAGCGGUAGCAAUUACAGUAGUUUAAGCACUAGAGAAGCGAAUAGCAGUCGUAGCAACAGUUUCGAGCGGGCACUAGCGGCGCGGCGGAGAAACCUUAGUCUUAGCACCAACAAAUUGAGCGAACACUACAGCUGCAGUGCGGCGGCGUUAAACUGGCUGAUCUCAUCGUUCGUGCUGCUCCUUUGCAUCACCCUAUGCACUAGUUCAAUUAGUCCUCCUGCCCCCCAGGAUGCCGUUCACAUUACCGCCAUCCUUGGCGAGAGUGUCGUGUUCAACUGUCACGUCGAGUUCCCCGGCGAUCAUCCCGUUCCGUACGUCCUGCAGUGGGAGAAGAAGGUGAGCGAAACGGGUCAGGAAAUUCCGAUCUACAUCUGGUACGAAAGCUACCCGACCCACAGCGGCGAAGGAUACGAGGGGCGCGUUUCGAGAGCCUCGCCCGAUUCGAGCUUCGGGGCGGCCUCGCUCAACCUGACCAGCAUCCGCGAGACGGACCAGGGCUGGUACGAGUGCAAGGUAGUGUUCCUGAACCGGCCGCCGAAGCAGCACAAGAACGGCACCUGGUUCCAUCUGGAUGUGCACGCUCCACCGCGCUUCAGCGUAACGCCGGAGGAUAUCAUUUACGUUAAUUUAGGCGAUUCUAUAAUACUAAACUGCCAGGCAGAUGGCACCCCGACACCAGAGAUCCUGUGGUACAAAGAUGCCAACCCAGUGGAUCCGUCUUCUACUGUUGGCAUCUUUAACGAUGGUACCGAGCUACGGAUUAGCACGAUUCGACACGAAGACAUCGGCGAUUACACGUGUAUCGCGCGCAAUGGUGAGGGACAAGUCUCCCAUACUGCCCGUGUUAUAAUAGCGGGCGGCGCUGUAAUCAUGGUGCCGCCCACUAAUCAAACGAAACUGGAGGGAGAGAAGGUGCAGUUCACCUGCGAAGCGAAAGCCAUGCCCGGCAACGUCACUGUGCGGUGGUUCCGCGAGGGUUCCCCGGUGCGGGAGGUGGCCGCCCUCGAGACGCGCGUCACGAUCAGAAAGGAUGGGUCACUCAUCAUCAAUCCGGUCAGUGCCGACGACUCCGGCAUGUACACGUGUGAGGUGUCAAACGGCAUCGGAGAACCACAAAGUGCUUCGGCUUUUUUAAAUAUAGAGUAUCCUGCCAAAGUGACCUUCACCCCAACAAUACAAUACUUACCGUUUCGUUUAGCUGGUGUUGUACAAUGCUAUAUAAAAUCAAAUCCUCCUCUACAAUAUGUAACAUGGACCAAAGAUAAAAGAUUACUGGAACCUUAUCAAACAAAAGACAUAGUUAUAAUGAACAACGGUUCGCUGCUGUUCACUAGGGUCAACCAGAACCAUCAGGGAAGGUACACGUGUACGCCGUACAAUGCGCAGGGCACGCAGGGUUCCUCCGGUCACAUGGAGGUGCUCGUGCGGAAGCCGCCUGCCUUUACGAUCGAACCGGAUCCACUGUACCAGCGGAAGGUAGGCGAAGCAGUCGAGAUGCACUGCGAUGCGCAGGAAGCGGAAGGCACCUCCAAGCCGACGAUCAUCUGGCAGCGCCGGGAUGGACAACCACUGCAGAAGAAUCGGGUGCGGAUCCUCAACGGUAACAUUACAAUCGAAAACCUAAGGCGGUCCGAUUUUGGCUACUAUCAGUGCGUGGCUUCGAACGAAGUGGCCACGAUCGUAUCCGCCACGCAGUUGGUGAUCGAAGGCACUCAGCCACACGCUCCGUACAACCUCAGCGGAUCGGCAACCGAGUUUUCGGUGACGCUUUCCUGGAUGCCAGGUUACAGUGGUGGACCGGACUAUAAGCAGGACUACACCAUCUGGUACCGGGAGGCCGGCGUGUCGGAUUGGUCCACGAUUCCGGUCACCCCCUCUGGUAGCACGCAAGUGACGAUCAAUCGCCUAUCGCCUGGAACGACUUACGAAUUUCAGGUCAUUGGCAAGAAUGCCCUGGGCGAUGGCAUGAUGAGCAAGGUGAUAACGAUACGCACGUUAGAUGUCCAAAAACCGAAGAAAACAUCAACUACGACCGCAGCACCUAACGAAAAAGAAUUUAAGCACGCUUCGGAUGACUUGGGUCCGAAACCCGGUCAGCCGCGCAACGUAACCGUGGUGGAGAUCCCGAACGGCUUUCUCAUCUCGUGGCAGGUUCCACUCGAGCGAGCCCAUCUGGUGCAGUUCUACACGAUCAAGUACCGCACGGACGCCCAGUGGAAGACACUGAACCGCGGUCAAAUCCGGCCGGAGGAAACCUCGUACCUGGUGAAGAACCUGGUCGGCGGCCGAACGUACUACUUCCGGGUGCUGGCCAAUUCGCUCAAGAGUUACGAGUCGAGCGAGGAGAUCAAGUUUCCGGUGCCGGCGCGGGUCAAGCACAAGGCCAUCACGGCCGGCGUCGUCGGCGGUAUCCUGUUUUUCAUCGUGGCCAUCAUCCUGUCGAUCUGCGCCGUUAAGAUCUGCAACAAGCGCAAGCGUAGAAAACAGGAAAAAGAACUCAACAUGGUAACAGCACGGAUCACGGAUCGGAAUGCCCUGAGACAGCCGGUGCCUUUAAGAAGAUAUCUACAUGGAGGAAGCAAAGCCAGCCGAUUGCCUGGCCUGAGCAUCUUGAUCGCCAUCAUGCACUGGAUAUGGCCUCCGGGGAGGUGCCAAAACUGUGACAGUAUCUAUUCGAACAAAUUCACCGGUGAUCAGUCCACUAAUUUGGGUCAGAUUCAUCGCUCAGCGGAUGGGCGGUUCGUGCUGCCGCAGGAUGCCGUCGACGGGAUCGUAUCGUUGAGAAAUAGUAUAGUUUCAUACUGCAGUAGCAGUGAUGAUGGAGGUUUCUUGCCGAAACGCCUAUCACUUACGAGGGCUUCGUGGAGACGUCCGUUGGUAACUUGCCCCAGUCAGUUGAGCUUACGGUCGGAGGAUGGAUUCGUUAUGGCGGAACCACAGCUGCCGGCUCAUUCGCUGUACACCAACACAAUGCCGGAAGGUCUCCAUCUUACUACGAUAAGUUCCAGUGUACCUGCUCCGAUGGUGAACCAGUCGUUGUACACGACACCUUCGCGGAUUUCCAAGGUAGUGGCAAGCUCGCCGGCCACCUCGAGCCCGCAGGUCGUCAACUCGCCUUGGUCACCAUUGUACUUCAGUGAUCUCAGUUCGGUUCAUCAUCUGAGCUCGGCGGACCGGUCAUAUCCAACCCCGCAGAGCGCUGCAUCCGCUCAUCGGUAUAAUUAUGCUGGCUACCAGCAUGAGCUACCGUUGUUGGGUAGUUUGCACAACACCUCGCGGCAUUUUUCUAAUGGCUUUGUACCGGUGCACGUGCCAAGUUCCCGAUACUACCAUCAUAAUCUGUACCAGAAUGUGCCCUUCCACAGCCAUACGUACAGUAAUAGACCGAAAUUUUCCCGCUAUCAUCCUCGGCUUAUGCCAAGAAGUCUGACAAGGGCGAUACCGGAACUGCGAUCUCCAAUGUUGAAUCUGAAUCUUAGUACAACUCCACUGAGUGCAACACUGGAAGCCUCACCGCAGAGCUACUCCAGCUCCAGUGGCUUCGGCAGUAAGAAUACCUCCAACAACACUCAGCAGACCAACAGCUUCCAAGUUAGCAAUAAUCUACUUCGUGAAUGGCGAUAUCUUCCGCCGUAUCGACCGCCUCCUCCGCCACCGAGCUUACACCAUACGGCUCCGCUGUCCUACGGUGGCGGUCGCUUCGACCAUCCGCCAUACUCAAUGUCCCACUGGUUGGAGCUGAUCACAAGACUGAACAUGGCCUCCGAAAAGGCCAACAUCAACAACGCUGCAGACGUCGGCAGUGUCGAUGGUCAUUACGAGUUCGAUCCAUCGACGCCCACUCCAACGGCUUCGACGCCGACCGGAAUGAUGCGAGACGAUUUCCACCAUCUGAUGACGCUUCCGUCUACGUCCAGCGAUCUACUGUGGAACGCGGCUGGUCUGUCGCUAGGUGGAACCGGUACCACCGGUACCGGAGGAAUCACCAUUGGCACUCGCAAGCGAGGCCAGUCACGCUACGACAACAUCGACGCUCGGGUCGAAGCUAUGAAGGAGGAAUUCUACGAAUGGCGAAAGCGACAACAGCAGCAGCAAGACGGACUCAGCCACACCCUGGAUGCCAGUCGGGUAAUCGAGCUGGAAAGUUCCUGCUGA